GGCCGCACAGUAACAGGAUUGCUAUCAAAACUCGCAGUUAAAAUAACAAAUAUCAUUGCAUAGUGGGGCUAUUUUUUAUAGUUUGAAGCGAACUCUUCAGUCGCUAUGUGGCUGCCAUUUCACACAGUGUGUUUGAGAGGCCAGGCUCCCUGCAGAAGAAGCGUCGCUGCUGGUUUUUUAAGGCGCUCAGGGCUCAGGGAUCAUGCUAACGUGUCUCUCUUCAGUCUUUCUGCUGGACUUGCAGCACCAACAUGCAAGGCUCUUCUGUUCAGAAAACACGGAGACCCCUCUCAAGUUGUUCAGUUGGAGGAUGUAGACCUACCUACCAUAGGUGCAAAGGAUGUCCUGGUUAAAAUGUUGGCAGCUCCAAUUAACCCAUCUGACAUCAACAUGAUUCAAGGUACUUAUGCUAUCCUGCCUGACCUCCCAGCUGUUGGGGGCAACGAGGGAGUGGCCCAGAUUGUAGAGGUGGGCAGCCAGGUGAAGACCCUCAAAACAGGAGACUGGGUCAUUCCAAAAGACGCCGGUCUAGGGACGUGGAGGACAGACGCAGUGCUAGCAGAAGACGAUGUCAUCUCACUGCCAAAUGACAUUCCCUUACUGUCUGCUGCCACACUGGGGGUGAAUCCCUGCACUGCCUUCAGGAUGCUCUCUGACUUUGAAGAUCUCAAGCCAGGUGAUUCUGUGAUCCAGAACGCAGCCAACAGUGGAGUUGGGCAGGCUGUAAUACAGAUUGCUUCUGCGAGGGGAAUAAACAGUAUCAACAUCAUUAGAGACAGGCCAGAGUUCACACAGCUCAGUGAUAGGCUGAAGGCCAUGGGAGCAACUCAUGUGAUCAAAGAAGAGUCACUGAGGCGGCCUGAGAUGAAGGAGCUGUUCAAGACCUGUCCAAAGCCUAAACUUGCACUAAAUGGAGUCGGAGGCAAGAGUGCAACAGAACUGCUCCGUCAUCUACAGUAUGGAGGAUCUAUGGUGACGUAUGGAGGGAUGGCCAAACAGCCAGUUACUGUCCCUGUGAGUGCUCUUAUUUUCAAAGAUGUUAAGGUUCGGGGAUUCUGGGUCACACAGUGGAAGAGAGAUCACUCAAGCGAUGGAAGGGCAUUUAGAGCCAUGCUGGAUGAACUCUGCCACCUCAUCCGGCAGGGAAAGCUGACGGCUCCAGCCUGCAGCGAGGUGGGCCUCCAAGCCUACAGCAGAGCUCUGGAUGCAGCUAUGCAGCCUUUCACUUCAGCUAAACAAGUCCUGAUCAUGUGAAUGGAUUCAUCAACUACUGACCAAAGUAUAUGAAUUGACGUGUGACCCCAGGAGUGCCACAUUAUUGUUAAUCAAAUACACUGCUGAAGCACAUACUCAAUAAAUGUGCCUUCACAGCCAGCUCAAAGUCCAACAUCUGUCAUUUUAUGAGUUCUGCUAAGUUUACUGACUGUAAUUGGGAAGUCAUUACAUCCAGAUUUUGCAGCUUUAUCUGAUAUGUUUAGUAACAGGUUGCACUGGUUUCAUGUUAUAGGGGCAUGAGUCAAUGUAAUUGACAGUAAUCACUUUUGCAAUCAUAUUAAUACAUCCAUUACAUUGAUUCUUGUUGCUAAAGUAACAUUCAACCAAUGAACAACAAUUUUAGCUAUUAUUGGUUUCAUUAAAUAGAUAGAGUUUGACAGAAAAUAGAAACAUUUGACAAAAGUCUGAAUUUGAUUUAGAACAUCACAGGAGACUGAUAUAUACUUAAGCCUCUUGAGCCAAAUUACUACCACCUCAUUGUUUUUCUGUUUACUGGAAACAAAGUAUUCAACCAGCUUCAAUAAACCAUGGUUGAAAGGCCACACAAAAGAUUGCUGAAGCCAAAGGUU